AUGGCGCAACUUGCCAUGCUUCCGCUAAUGGAGGAAUCACCUGUGGCCGACGAUAACGGCGGCUAUAGCGGCGGAUAUAACGGCGGCAUGUUCGCUCAGCAGACGAGCCCCGCGCCUCCCUUAUGGACCUCUCUAGACGCCAUGCACGGGCUUGACCACGAAGCUUCUGGAUUCCUUCCACUGGACGCAUCCGACGGAGACGAAUCGCAGCAGCAGCAGCAACAGUCGGACUACACCCACCACCACAGCCACCAGCCGUCGGAUCAUCUCAACGUACGGCGAGAUCUUCUCGAGGACGAUAACUUCGGUAGCAGCGAGUUCGACCCGUCGUCGGGAGCGAGCGGAUCGGGGGAGUGUGUGAUGCUGUACCAAGACGCGCAGAGGGGGGAGGAGGAGGACAUGGUGGGGAGCCUUAAUCUCCGCAUCUCCCCGCAACCCGACGCGUCCGAUCUCACAUCGGCGCUUUUCUCCGAAGGCCAGGCGAGCAACAACGGCGGCGGUGCGACGCUCGGCGGGUCCUCGUGGCAGCUGUGCGACAAUCUGUUCGCAGAGCCGAUCGUCGACUGCGGCGAGCUGCUCUCCGGCGACGGCGACGGCGACGAUCUGCUUGCGGCGUCCGCGGGCCACGACGAGGCGGAGCAGGCGGACGGCGGAAGCGGCGGAGAAGAAAUGGAGAUGAAGGACCCCGCCGUUGCGUAUCUCACGCCGGAAAAGGCGCCGCCUGUGCCGGCAAGUUCGGACCCAGUGGAGGUGACAACGCCGGGGUGUGACAAUAGCGAGGGCGAUUUCAACACGCCGCAGGUGCCAAGCGCCGGUUUCUCCCGCCCGCGCAGCCGCUGCCCCACGGAGCGGGGACUGGCGCAUAAGGGGGCGAUCAUGACCCCGUCCGGCGCAGCGACGACGCGCGCAACCCGCGAGAACCUGAUGCGGCGGCUUGCGCAGGCGGGCGGUGCGGCGGAGCCGUGGACCCCCGUGACCCCCGCGAAGGACGAGGCGGGGAAGCGGUCCCCCGACCAGCUUGCGCGCGUGGCGGUGUCGCUGGAUGCGGAGCUGGGGCUGUUCGCGGACUCCCCGCCGCUGCUGUGGAACGGAGUGGCGCAGCAGCAGCAACAGCAGCCGCCUCAGGCGCAGGCGCAGGGGCAGUGCUUCCAGAGCAUGCUCGGCGCGCAGCAGCAGCAGCCGCAGCAGCAAUACGGCAUGGCGGGUCAACAGCAGCAGCAGAGCUUGGCGGGGCAGCACGGGUUCUGCGCGACGCCCGGGGAAGGCGCGCACAUGCGCGCGGACCCCGCGGAGUGCACCGACAUGUCGCUCUUCUUCGACAUGGAGCAACAGCAGCAGCAGCAGCAGCAGCCCCAGGCAUCGUUUCAGCAGCCGCCGCAAUCCCAACAGCAGUACCACCAGCAGCACUAUCAGCAGCCGCAGCAGCAUCAGAGCCGGGGGUAUCAGCAGACGCAGCAGCAGCAGAUGCAGCAGCAGCAGGAGUCGGACGUGGUUCGCGAUUUCCUCUCGUCGUCUCCUGACGGCGACGCGGCUCUCGACAGCUUGGUUCUUGACGGCCUGCCGUGCGACAGACGGCUGUCCGGCCAGAUGAUGCUGCCCAAGGACCUCGCGUCGUUGAUGAACGACGCUGACGUGGACGCGUCUGCCGCCACGUGGCCGCAGCCAGGCAGCAACACCGCGGUGUCACCGCCCCUAAGCAACGGCUACAACACCAGUGCUGGUACCAUGAGUAUGGAUGCAGCAGCUGCUCCUACUACUACUACUAGUGCUGGCGUUGCAACUGUCUCAGCCGGAGCGUGCGUGACUCGCCCGCCGUCGGUCUACCCUGCUGCUCCCGCCUCCUCGUACCAAUCCUCACACCUCCUCACCGCUUCUUCCUCCGGUCCUCUGCACGGCUCCUCCUCCGCCGGCCCUCCCCCGCCCCCGCGCGUUCUCUCUGCGCCUGCGCCUUCCGCGUCGUCCGCGCAAUCCUCCGCGCCCUUGCGCCUGACGAUGCCGCUGCUGGUGAUGAACCGACGCGCGCCCGUUCCGCCUGCCGCGCAAGUAGGCGGCGGUGUUUCCGCCCCUGCAAUGCCUGCUCAAAAGCCAACGUCGUCUGGAGGUGCGAAGCGGAAGGCAGAGGAGCCACUAGGCGCCAGUGGGAAGGCCACAUCAUCACGAGCCCAGCCUCCAGCAGUGAAAAGGAUCAAGUCUGAAGACGCUUGUGAGGCGACCACCAAGCAAGCUUCGCCUGUUACUGCUUCAGCUUCUGCUCCGGCUUCAGCUGGGCCGGUUGAUCUGACCUGCAGAGAGCAGGAGCAGCUGGGAUUGGAGACUGGCGACGACAGUGAUGGGGUGGUGUUGAACGAGCCAUCAGCUAAGGGAUCUCGCACUGCUGCAGCCGCUGCGUCUCCUGCUGGUGCUGCUGGCACUUCUGCUGGUGCGGUGAAGGCUGAGGCUCCUGCAGCUGAUGCGAAGAAUGUGAAAGCGAAAGCGGAGGUGCAAGUGAAGGAGGAGCCAGGCAAGGCUGGGAGCCGAGCAGGCGGAUUGACUAGAAGUAGCUCUCAGAAGGAGAGUGGUAACCAGGCGUUCCAGGAUGACUUGGGGGAAGAUGGGGCUGUGGAGGACGGUGAGGAUGAUGAAGGAGGAGGGGUGAUAGUGGGACGGAAGAGGUCGUUUGUGCAGAAUCCGGCUGCUUCUGCUGCGAGGAAGAGGAGGCAUGACAUGAACCAGCGGCUGAAAGUGCUCGUGGAUCUCGUCCCUAACAGCAGCAAGGGAGACACUGCGUCAAUGCUGCUUGAAGUUAUUGACUACGUGAAGGCACUGAUGUCUCGGAUCUCUGAAGCGGUGGGUGAGGACACCACUCAACAGCUAGGACUUACUAGGAGUUCAAGCACCCAGAGCCAGGCUUCACCACAAGUGGAAUCUGAGUCCAAUCCCAAUGGAUCACAGCAAUGGACUUCACAGCAGCCAGCCCCCCAGCAACCCAUGCCCUGCAAUGGGGCCUCGAUGUUGCCGCCAGCGCCAUGCAACGAUCCAACGGCUGGCAUGUUACCCGCGAUACCGACGAACGGGAUGAGCGCGCGAGCCCUCCAGGCUGCGAAAUUCCGUAUGCGAAGAAAGUUGAUGGCAGCGAAACUCGAAGCGGAGCGGAAGAAUGGCGCUGCCCCGAGCAUUACGAAGGAUAGCGAAAACGGCGAGGUGGUUUCAAGCGAUGGUGAUAAGUCGACGGGUGACGCGAAAGGCCCCCAGCGAAAUCUAGCUUCGCGCCAAUGCGCUCUUGUCAAAGUAGCUCUUGCUAGGAAAGUAUACGCACUUCAGCAGAGGAAUCACAAUACUAUGUAG